CGCCGCGUCCCGAACCCCACUCCGGCUCCUCGGCAGAGGACUCGCCGCCAUGUCUGCCGCCAGGCGACUCAAAUCCGUGGACUACGAGGUGUUCGGGAGAGUGCAGGGUGUUUGCUUCAGAAUGUACACAGAAGAUGAGGCUAGGAAAAUAGGAGUGGUUGGCUGGGUGAAGAAUACCAGCAAAGGGACUGUGACAGGCCAAGUGCAAGGCCCCGAAGAGAAAGUCAACUCCAUGAUGUCCUGGCUGAGCAAGGUUGGAAGUCCUAGUUCUCGCAUUGACCGCACAAACUUUUCUAAUGAAAAAAUCAUCUCUCAACUUGACUACUCAAAUUUUAGUAUCCGAUACUAACAGAAGAGAAAUAAAAAUUUUAAUGCUUAUAUUACACAACAAACACCAUAUAUUCUCAAGUCUAUGUACUAGAAUAAUAGUAGCAGAGUAGGGUAAAAAAAAGAACUUUCUGUUCUGAAAGCUACAACAGAAUAUGUUACUAAAAAGGUCUGACACUAAAAUAGUUUUACUCGACUAUGUUUUUAAGACGCAAAAACAUAGUAUUGUAAAGGACAUUACAAAAUAUUUAAUAUGAAUAUUUAAACUUGUCUUGUGGAAUCUUUAAUGAAUAUUAUAGCAAGCGUUAUUUGGCUAGGUAUAAAAUAAAGCUCAACCAUUUAAAAAUUAA